UUUUAAUUUCUCAGAGAAAGCGCAAAACCCUACAGUGUCAAAACCCACACAGACCACGAAUGCCCAUUUCCGCUUGUUAAGCUUGAAGAGCAUUACACAAAAAUGGUUGCACCAUUGCUAGCAGGCCUUGCUGUUGCAGCCGCCGCUUAUGCUGGUAAAUAUAGUGUUCAAGCUUGGCAGGCAUUCAAGGCAAGACCACCAAGACCUAGAAUGCGCAAAUUUUAUGAUGGUGGUUUUCAACCUACUAUGACUAGGAGGGAGGCAGCUCUAAUACUUGGAAUCCGAGAAAGUGUUGCAGCAGAGAAGGUUAAGGAAGCACAUAGGAGGGUGAUGGUAGCCAAUCACCCAGAUGCUGGUGGUAGUCAUUACCUUGCAUCUAAAAUUAAUGAAGCAAAGGAUGUGAUGCUUGGAAAAACCAAGGGUGGGAGCUCUGCAUUUUAAUGGCGCAAACUGUUCCCAUAUAUAAGCAAGGCAAUUCUGCAAAAGUUUUAGUGAGUUUUUAGAGCCAUACAUGCUCCAAUUAGACAGUGUCACCUCCCUUUUUCCCAUUAGUCUUGGUGCAACAGUAGGUGAUCAAGAUAUUUAGAGCAUAAAUUGGUCAUUGUUUACUUGAUUCUUUAUAACCCUCUAGUUUCACAAUAUUUGGAAGAAAAAAAAAAAUUAAUUCAUUUUGGUGACUAUGAGGUGUGGAUGUCCAAGAGAGUAGGAGGAUUAUGUUGAUGGCAAUAAUUAUGCAAUCCUCUCCUAAUAUUUGGGUCAUAGGCUCAUCUUUUGUUAUGGUCAGAAGUUUUGUACACCGGAUGUUGAAACUGCCCUUCUCCAAUGAUUGCUAGAGUAUCUGUUCGGUCCU